ACUUUUCAGUACUCUUGGAGGGCAGUUUUGCUCACUUGCCUAUUAGAAGCUAGGACAGGGGACAGAAGAGAAAUGAGCCGCCAGACUGCGACAGCAUUACCUACUGGUACUUCCAAGUGUACACCGUCCCAGAGGGUGCCUGCCCUGACCGGCACGACUGCAUCCAACAAUGACUUGGCGAGUCUUUUUGAGUGUCCAGUCUGCUUUGACUAUGUGCUCCCACCCAUUCUUCAGUGUCAGAGUGGUCAUCUUGUGUGUAGCAACUGUCGCCCAAAGCUCACAUGCUGUCCAACUUGCCGUGGCCCAUUGGGAUCCAUUUGUAACUUGGCUAUGGAGAAAGUGGCCAAUUCAGUACUUUUCCCUUGUAAAUAUGCCUCUUCUGGAUGUGAAAUAAGUCUGCCUCAUACGGAGAAAGCAGACCACGAAGAGCUUUGUGAGUUUAGGCCUUACUCCUGUCCGUGCCCUGGUGCUUCCUGUAAAUGGCAAGGCUCUCUGGAUGCUGUAAUGCCCCAUCUGAUGCAUCAGCAUAAGUCCAUCACAACCCUACAGGGAGAGGAUAUAGUUUUCCUUGCUACAGACAUUAAUCUUCCUGGUGCUGUUGACUGGGUGAUGAUGCAGUCCUGUUUUGGCUUUCACUUCAUGUUAGUCUUGGAGAAACAGGAAAAAUAUGAUGGUCACCAGCAGUUCUUUGCAAUUGUACAGCUGAUAGGAACACGCAAACAAGCAGAAAAUUUUGCUUACCGACUUGAGCUAAAUGGUCAUAGGCGGCGAUUGACUUGGGAAGCCACUCCUCGAUCUAUUCACGAAGGAAUUGCAACAGCCAUUAUGAAUAGUGACUGCCUAGUCUUUGAUACCAGCAUUGCACAGCUUUUUGCAGAAAAUGGCAACUUAGGCAUCAAUGUAACUAUUUCCAUGUGUUAA